CGGCGCAUUGAGUGAAGAUAUAUUCCACGAGUGGUAUGUGUCGACAUACAUUAUUGAGUGGAGUGACCAUAAGCGCAGGAUUUCUAUUCAAUCGAUGAAUCUAACUAUACGAUAACACCUUCGCGAUGGCGAUACCACGACGCCUCUCCACUCGCUUGACGAGCUCAAGCCCUCAUUACCAAGCCCUCACCAGCCAUCACCGAUGUCUAUACGCCAGCAGGCGACUUUAUGCCACGGAGAAGAAAGCCAAUAAACAAGAUGGAUCACAGGAAUCAUCAUUCAAGGGUCAAUUAUACAACAGCGUCUAUGACCGAAUUCAGCGGGAGAAGAAAGAUGAGGCCCGAUUUGCAGUCUACCGAGAUGUUCUGAGGUCGGGGGGAGGUCAAUGGGUACUACCUUUUGUCAUGUUAGUCGGCGCAGUAGCGGGUUACGUCUACGGACAGCAACAAGUCCGUGACAUCGACCCGGCCUCGACAGUCCCGCUCAUGAAUGCUGAGCCACCGCAACACAACACUGCACCCGCAAACCUAGAAGCGGCAUGGACCGACUUUCGAAAGAUCGUAAGGGAGGAGAAUAUCUCAACGCAGGACAGUGAGCUAAAGGCGCAUACCGGCAGCGAAUGGAGCACAUACAGCGGUCCGGCGGAGGACAAGCCAUUCAUGAUUGUCAAACCCGGAAGUACAGAGGAAGUGUCAGAGAUCAUGCGGAUAUGCCAUAGGAGAAAGAUUCCCGUGACGGCAUACAGCGGUGGUACUUCUCUAGAAGGUCACUUCGCAGCGACGAGAGGAGGUAUCUGUAUCGAUUUCUCGCGCAUGGAUAAGAUCUUACAAUUACACAAGGACGAUCUCGACGUCGUGGUUCAACCGGCGGUUGGCUGGGAGCUUCUCAAUGAGGAGUUGUCGAAAUCUGGCCUCUUCUUCCCUCCCGACCCAGGUCCAGGCGCCAUGAUCGGCGGCAUGGUUGGCACAGGUUGCUCCGGCACAAAUGCGUACCGAUACGGCACAAUGAAGGACUGGGUUCUCUCCCUAACCGUCGUCCUUGCCGACGGCACCAUCAUUAAAACGCGCCAACGGCCACGCAAGAGCAGCGCCGGCUACGACCUCACCCGAACAUUCAUCGGCUCCGAAGGCACCCUCGGCCUCGUCACGGAAGCCACCCUCAAAAUCACCCCACUCCCCCAAACCACCAGCGUCGCCGUCGGAACCUUUCCCUCCGUCCGCGCCGCCGCCGACACCGUUUUCAAAGUCGUCAAUGCCGGCGUGCCAAUCGCCGCCAUCGAAAUCCUCGACGACGUCCAAAUGCGCUGCAUCAAUGCCUCAGGGACCACCUCCCGCUCCUGGGCCGAGGCACCCACGCUCUUCUUCAAAUUCGCCGGCACACCCUCCAGCGUGAAAGAACACGUCGCCAUCGUACGAGAUCUCGCACGCCGAACCGGCAGCCGCAGCUUCGAAUUCGCCCGGGACCAAUCCGAAGCCGAGGAACUCUGGUCUGCGCGCAAGGAGGCCCUCUGGAGCGUCAUGGCGCAGAAGAAAGACGCUGGCGACCGCGUGUGGACGACGGACGUUGCAGUACCGAUCUCCCGCCUCGCGGACAUCAUCGAUGAGACCAAAGCGGAUCUCUCCCGAAGCGGUCUGACGGGUGCGAUCGUCGGACACGUCGGCGACGGAAAUUUCCACACUAUCCUCUUGUACAACGAGCGCGAAGCGGAGAUUGCGGAGGCGAUUGUCCACCGGAUGGUGAAGAGGGCGAUCGAACUCGAGGGCACGGCGACGGGCGAGCAUGGCGUGGGAUUGGUGAAGAGGGAUUAUCUCCCGCAUGAGCUCGGCGUGACGACGGUGGAUUUGAUGCGCAAGAUGAAACAAGCGUUCGACCCUUUAUGUCUGCUCAACUGUGACAAAGUCAUUCGCGUGCAACAGCCGAAAAAGGGCGAAGUGCAGGAAUGGUAAGGGGAAUGCAUUGAUAUUCUAGAGCGAAAGUCAAGUCCAUUCGAACUUCCGUCAUGAUUCAUUCAGUCAUUAUUUCGUGUAAUAUACUUUCCAUGAUGCCGUCUACACUGCCCAAAAUCCAUAACUCUCGACGCACGAGGACAGGUCAUCCAGAAUCCUGUCAGAAUGCGUCUUCCAGGAAGCACUUCUAUAGCGGUCAUCUAUAAAGCGAAAUUGCCUCGAGCUUGUUUUCUGAGCACUUUUUGAAAGCAUAUUCCCAGUCAAGGUGUG